AUGUCACUCCUUUUGACUGUCCAGUCCGCACAGGCUGGCCCUAUGUGGACUGGCAGAGAAAAAAGAAACCCUGGAGUUUUCCUUGACGUUCGAAUGGAGAAUUCACAAGCCCCUACUGCGGCUCAUGAUGGAUACGGAUCUGAGAACGGGGACCAGACUACGCCACGACCUAUAUUCGAGACACUGAACUCGACUCCGGACCCCAACCCAUUAUUUUCGGAGAAACCAGGAGACGAGAAUAAGAAGGGACCGUAUUCUGAUCUACCCGAACCUGUCGAGGUUAUCCCCGUCCAUCCUACCAACGAGGCUCCCCAACCGACUAGUGAAGCUCAGGAACCCACUCAAGAAGAGCCCGUGAACAAGCCAACAUUCACACAGGAUACUUCUGCGCCGGUUAUCACAACCUCUAUUAUUCCCAAGAAUCCUGCUACUGAGGUUGAGAAGCCAACUUCGGUGGCCGAUCAGCCUCAGUACCAACCUCCUGAGGAGAGUGCGGUAGUGACGGAGACCACUCUACCGUCCAAGGAAACCCCAACCUCUGUGAACGAGGGCCCGACCUACGAGCCGGCAAGAGAGGUCACUACUGCUGCUCCUGAAGUUUCUACUACCCAAGUUGCCGGGCAGCCAGAGAACUCUGAGACAAAGGGUCUGGACUCUACAGUUGAUCUUGGUACGCUGCAACCAUCAGAGGCAGAAAACACCAAGCCAAGUGCCAUCCAAGAGACCGCGACUACCUCUAUAGAUGAGAAGCCUAUGACAACACCCAUUGAGGACGUGACAACUACUUUUGCGUAUGAGCCAACUCCUACAGGGUACCCCACGACGCAGGCUCCUGGUAACACAGCAUUUCCCAUCAACCCUAAGCAUCCAUCCAACAUCUACCCCAAUCCUCCUACCACACCAGCAGGGGAUGUUCCAGAAACCUCAGCUACAGGGACAAAGCCUGCUGCUACAACUGAGACGGUUUCUGUAGUCGAGCCAAAGGACCCACAACUCGAGACUACGUCUUACGUUCAAGAUCAGCCUGCACCAACUACGGAGGCCGCCCAAACUGGGGGAGGGAUUCCAGUUUCUGAACCUGUUAAGCCUAGCAAUCCUUCCCCCACAUCUGAGGCCAAGCAAACACAUCAUCCUGCUGAAACUCCCGAUGGUCAAAAGCCUGAUGCGCCUGCUGAGCCUUCUACUGUUGAGACUUCAGCGCUUAUUGAGCCCCAGAACCCCGUGCCAACUCCAGAGCCUGCCCAGCCCAAUAAUCCUGCUACUUCUGUAGUUCAGCAGCCAGUUCCUGCUCCCUCAGUUACCGAAUCCCAGUACCCAGCCCCUGACUCCAAUACCCUACCAGCAGCGCCCGCUGGACCCUCAACUACGCCUUCCGUCGUCUCAAAUCCUUCUUAUCCCGAGACCACAUCUGUAGUCAAGAUCGUUCCCACAGGCUCGCCCGCCGACGGGGUACCAACCAUAAACACUGAAGUUCCUACAGGUACAAGUGCUAUCCCCGCACCUGCUUAUGCUAGCAAUGUCGUUGAUGCGCGAACGUACAACGACGAAUUCGCAAAGCUCACCCCUGAAUCUGCGUGUAUGAAGGGCCAGGCUGCUUGUAUUAGUGGACAGAUGGCCCUAUGCGGCGAUGACGGCGCUUUCCAACUUCUACCCUGUGAGACUGAAGGCGAGAAGUGUUUUGCUCUCCCUUUGUACAAUAUCGAGGGAGGUAUCAAGAUAGUCUGCGAAGAUCCCGCCACUGCGGCCAAGAUUCUCGGAGGAACUCCUGGAGGUGGCCAGGAGAACACUGCCCCUGGUAAUGAAAACCAAGACCAGCAGCCAGUACCUACUUCCACAGCUGAGAAGCAGCCUGAAGUUCCAGUGGUUACAGUCACCACCAUCGUUACUGUCGAUGACGGUGCUGCUUCUGAACCUACGAGUGAGCCUACACAGGAGCAGCCAGCUCAGCCUACCCAACCUGUCAAUGAGCAACCCACACAGCCUGUGCCUGUGCCUGAGAAGCCUACACAGUCUGCUCCCGGAGAACCAACUCAACCUGCCCCUGAGCAGCCGAGUCAACCUGCCCCUGAACAGCCUGCUCAGCCUACCUCUCCGGCGCCACCCGCUCAGCCCGAACCAGAGCAACCAUCCCAGCCAGCUCAGACCCGGCCCGUCCAGGAACGACCCUCUCAACCAAAUGAGGAGAAGCCUGCCCAGACCAAUCCUCAAGAGCCUUCCAACCCUCAACCCACAAAGGCCUAUGAGGAUCUCCCCUCUACCAGUCCUCCUGUUCCUGAGCCAAGUACGAACUCGAUGGAUCUCCCUGGCGGCACAACCUUGACCAAGUCAAUCAAGAAGCCUGAUGAAGCCAAGCCCACUGCCUCACCAGGUGAUGACGAUGGUGAUGACGAUAAGGGCAAAGAUGGUGAUGAUGAUGACAAGCCUACAUCCGUAGAGCUCAUCCCCAUCCCCGACAAGCCCACAAAGGCUCCUGCCCCUGCAGCCACAGAGGCCAAUGCCGAUAGCCAAGAUGACAAGAAGCCCACGGCUGUUACUCGUACUGGCGAUGAUGCACAUGCCACAACUAUUGUCGUCGAUGGCACACCUACUGUUUCUGUCUACUUCACCGUGACAGUUACAGACAAGGACCAGGCUACUGUCACCGUCACGGAGAAAGAGAAGGAGACGGUUACGCUGGUGAUCAGCGCCUAA